AUGAAUGGCCAAGUUCAGCAACACCCUCAAACGCAGAUUACGCCUGAGGAGAUGGCUGAAAUGGACCGACAGAAGGUAACUCCGGCGUUGAUAAAAUACGUUGAGGAUUAUAAGUUCCCGUACAUAAGCGACGUGAGCAACUAUGAAAAACUUCUGAAAAUAGGGCAAGGAACUUUUGGAGAGGUGUUUAAAGCUCGGUGUAAGAAAACUGGUAAAAUGGUUGCUCUCAAGAAGAUUUUGAUGGAAAACGAAAAGGAAGGCUUCCCGAUUACGGCGUUGCGAGAGGUGAAAAUGCUGCAACAACUCAAACAUGAAAAUAUCACAGAUCUCAUCGAAGUGUGCAGCAGUAAAGCUUCUGCGCAUAAUCGUGAUCGAUCAACAUUCUAUCUGGUGUUUGCAUUUUGUGAGCAUGACCUUGCUGGCCUACUUAGUAACCAUAAAAUUAAGAUAUCAUUGGUUCAUAUCAAAACUAUGAUGAAGCAUCUUUUCAAUGGUUUGUGGAAGAUUCAUCGCUCUAAGAUUCUGCAUCGAGAUAUGAAAGCUGCCAACGUGUUGCUUUCC